AUGGCCUGUCGCCGCGUGCUUCUUCUGGGCCCCCUUUGCUUCCUCCUCCUCCUGACGCUUCGCCCAACGAGCGCCCUCUCUUCAUGCGGGGGCCCUUGCCAAACCCUGAACGACUGCAGUGGCCAGCUCAUCUGUAUCGGCGGCAAGUGCAACGAUGAUCCCGACGUCGGCACCCAUAUCUGCGGCGGCGGAGGAGGUGGAGGAGGCGGCGGUGGUGGAGAGUGCCUCCCGUCGCAACCCCUCGUUUGCGGCAGCAACUCGUAUCCCACGUACAGCUGCUCUCCGCCAGUUACCUCCGCUACGAGUGCUAUCCUGACCAACAACGACUUCAGCGAAGGCAGUGACGGCGGCGCCGAAUCGUCUUGCGACGGUAAGUUUCACGACAACUCUGAGAGCAUCGUCGCACUGUCCACCGGCUGGUUCGACGGGCGCAGCCGGUGCAACAAGUGGAUCCGCAUCACCGCCCCCAACGGCAGGAGCACGACGGCGAAGGUCGUCGACGAAUGCGACUCGCUGCACGGCUGCGACGCGGAGCACGCCUUCCAGCCGCCAUGCAAGAGCAACAUCGUCGACGGUUCGAACGCCGUCUGGAACGCUCUCGGCCUCAACAUCGACGACGGCGAGGUGCCGGUCACCUGGACCAUGGCCUGA